CCUCCCAAACCGUCCCCACCGUCCAGUCAACCUUCAUGCAUUGCUAUUGGCCACGGCUGAUCCACCACAGAAAAGAAAAAAAACACAACUUUCGUCCUUUCCUCUAACCUUAACACAUUAACAUUCAUAGUCUAAUCCAUCCCUUAUGGGCUGUUAAUCAUAUUUAUGGGUUCUUAAUCAUAUUUAUAGGCUCUGGUGUUUUUCUGUACGUGCGUUAAGAAACCAUUCCCCCACUUAUCCAGGAUUGUGUUUUGUCCCCUGUUUGUGUUUCCAAGUUUUCGAGUUUCGUGAAUCCUAAUUUCAUAAUUUUCAUUUCUUUGUUUUUGGUUCGUAAUCUUUUUUUUUUAUAAUGCAAGCCCGACCUGAAUUCAUGGGAGCUCAAAGCACUAGGUUCCUGUAUGUGUUCGUGUGACAUAUUCUGUCUCUCACUGUUUCUGUGUGUGGCUGGCUGGCUCUCCUUAAUGUGUAUAUAUAUAAGGAGUUUCGUUGGCCAAGAAGAAAUGGGUUGAUUUGUUCUUUGCAUAGAGCUUUCAAGAUUGGAAAAUUUGGAAGGAGCAGGCCAAAGCCAUCAAUUGUGGAAAUUUUGAUAGGACCUAAAGGCAUAUAUAACUGACCACCACCAAUGAUCACAAAGAAGAAAGAAGAAAGAAGAAAAGCUUUUCUGAUUAAUUAGUUAGAACAUUUGAAAAAACUGUCUGUAGAAAGACACAACUUGAAAUUAAGAAAUGGAAAGUGGUUAUUUUUCAGCUUGGACGGGUUCUGGUUCUUUGCAUGGGCUACAACAUGUAGAGGAAGCUGAGGAGAUGAAAAUAGUGCCAAACUUGCCUGCAAUCCCUCAGCCACAAACACCACAGGAGCCUAUGGAGUUUUUGUCAAGGUCAUGGAGUCUUUCUGCUUCAGAAAUCUCAAAGGCCCUUGCUCAAAAGCAGAAGCAAUUUUCUCUUGAAAAAAGUCCUGAAAAAUUCCCAGAAGCAACUGUUGUGCCACAACUGACAGGAAAGAUUGUAAAGUCUGUUAAUAAUCGGAGAACAAUGUCAAUGGGCAAAUGGUUCCAUCAUAAGGAGUUCACUAGUAGCACAGUGAAAAAGAAAGAUAAGGAACGGGUAGAAAGAGCACGAGUGCAUUCUGCUGUCUCCAUUGCAGGAGUUGCUGCAGCCUUGGCAGCUGUAACUGCAGCAGAAAACUCCAGUGGUUCUGGCUCAAAAACGACCAUGGCUUUGGCUUUAGCUACAGAGUUGCUGGCAUCACAUUGCAUUGAAAUGGCUGAAUUAGCAGGAGCUAAUCAUGACCAUGUGGCAUCUACUGUUAGAUCAGCAGUGGACAUUCAAAGUCCUGGUGACCUUAUGACUCUUACAGCAGCUGCUGCUACAGCUUUGCGAGGAGAAUCGGCUUUGAAAUCAAGGUUACCGAAAGAAGCACGAAGGAAUGCUGCUAUUAGUCCCUAUGAUCGGGGAAUGGCUGAAAUUCCUUCAGCUGGUGCUUUUUAUAGUCAAGUAGAGGAGCAGGAUCCUCCCUGUGUUGGAGAACUACUGCAACUUACAGGAAAAGGUGUUUUACAAUGGAAACGUGUCUCUGUCUAUAUCAACAAUAAAUCUCAGGUUAUAGUUAAACUCAAGCGUAAACAUGUUGGAGGAGCAUUCUCCAAGAAAAACAAAAGUGUUGUUUAUGGAGUCUGUGAUGAGACUUCUGCUUGGCCAUAUAAGAAAGAAAGGGAAAUUUCAGAAGAGGUCUAUUUCGGGCUCAAAACUGGACAGGGUCUACUAGAGUUCAAGUGCAAGAACAAGGUUCAUAAGCAGAAAUGGGUUGAUGGGAUCAAAAAUCUUCUUCGUCGAGUCAACUACAUUGAAGAAACUGAGCACUCUCUGGGAUUUUUAAAUAUCAGUAAUAGUAUAUAGUCACUUCAGCACUUGUGUAUAUGUAGUCCAAGCAUAGGACAGAUAAGACCUUUGAUAAUGCAAACGCAAUAUACUUCUGUUACAAGUAAGAAGAUUUAUACAAGGGAUCAAAGACAUUAGGGAAC